GGUUUUUUCCAAUCCUGUGCAGUGGAAGUAGAUGUAAAAGAUGCCUCUAAUGCUACGUGCCUGUAUGCAAAAUGGAUGAUGAGAUUCUUGAUAAAAUAUGAAACAAACAGUAGUGAUUAUAAAAAUGCAACCUUGAAUUUGUCAUCCAAUGUGACACACAGUGGAAGCGUCUGUGGCAAUGACACACAAGCUGCGCUUCUGGCAGUGCAGUUUGGAGAAGGUCACUCUUGGAGCGUUAACUUUACAAAAACCAAUGAAACUUACCAGGGGGACUUUAUCACACUUACCUACAACACCAAUGAUACCGCUGUAUUUCCUGAUGCUAAAAGAAAAGGACCAAUUACUGUUGUUGUAAAGGAUACUAUGCAUCCAGUUCAACUGAAUAAUGUCUUCGUGUGUCAUAAUACUGACUUUUUUGAAGCAGAAAAUGUAACACAGGUUUUCUGGAAUGUUACUGUGCAGGCUUUUGUUCAGAAUGGCACAAUUGGUAAAAAAGAGUCCAGAUGUCAUGCUGACAUGCCAACUUCUGCACCUACUGUUCCGCCUACUAUUGCCAAUGUAACUACUGCAUCUACCACCACUUUAUCACCUGCUCCAACCACUGCUCCCAAACCUGUGGAGAAUCCAGACACAGGAAACUAUUCUCUUAAAAGUGGAAAUAAAACUUGUCUCCUGGCUACUGUGGGGCUGCAGCUGAACGUUUCCCAAGACAAGCCUCUUCUGAUCAACAUCAAUCCAAAGACAACUAGCGCAGAUGGUACAUGUGGUAAUACGACAGCUACUCUGAAAUUGAAUGAUCGAAAUAGCACAUUGAUUGGUUUUACAUUUGUUGUGAAAAAUGCCAGUGCAAGUGUACAAAAGUUUUAUCUGAAAGAGGUGAAUGUUACACUGCUCAACCGUCUGAAUGGUUCUGUUAUUUCAAGUGCAGAUAACAGCAAUUUCAGCCAGUGGGAUGCUUUCCUUGGUAGUUCUUAUAUGUGCCGAAAAGAGCAAACUCUUGAGAUUAAUGAAAAUCUUCAAAUACAUACUUUUAAUCUAUGGAUUCAACCAUUCCUUGUGAAGGCAGAUAAGUUUUCUACAGCCCAGGAGUGUUCGCUGGAUGAUGACAGCAUUCUAAUCCCAAUUGUAGUUGGUGCUGCACUUGCUGGCUUGAUUGCCAUUAUAGUGGUUGCUUACAUAAUUGGCAGAAGAAAAAGCUAUGCUGGAUAUCAAACUUUGUGAAUCUAAAUGUGAUUCCUGUUCUGAUUUCACUCUAAACAAAGCAAGUGCAAGUUCUGAAGUCCAAAAAAGACCCAAAACUUAGGAGUAAUUACUAACCACAGCUAAUUGGAGAAACAAAGAGAGAAUGUUUAUCUCAAAUGAAGCAGAACUACAUUUUUAGCUUCCCUGCACUAAGAAGACAACGUGGGUUUCAUAGCUGUUUUGAAGAUGUCAAAUAUUGGAUGAGUUGCUAGGCUAAGGAUUUUAUCUUGCAAAAACCCUGAAGUGUUUAGGAUUUAUUUCUGCUUUUCACAAAUUGUAGCCUGAAACAAGAAUGCAUUCUAAACUGAUGUGCAUUGGGCAAAUCCCAGAAUAGCAUAGAAUUUGUACUUGCUUCUCUCUUCUGCGUUCCUUAGUUGU